UCUUUUAUUAUCUAGAAGGGCUUGAAAGCAGAAAGCUCUCUCUGUGGAAGAGGACUCAGCAGCGACAAUCUCAGAUGAACUCCGAUCGCUGCGAGAAGCCCUAAUUCCUCUAGAGUUUCCGAUAGUCCUCAUCGGGAAAUUUCGCUUUCCCGUUGAAUCAAAUGGAUGGUAACAAAGACGACGCGUUGAAAUGCCUCAAAAUCGGCAAGGAUGCGAUUGAAUCAGGAGAUCGAUCUCGCGCUUUGAAGUUUCUCGAGAAAGCUCGUCGUCUUGAUCCAUCUCUCCCGAUCGAUGAUCUUGUUUCCGAUCUGAAUAACCAAUCCGAUGAACCAGCGGAUUCGCCUGGAUCUGCCGCUAACGAGUCAUCAAAGCCGCCGUCGGAUCGACCUUCUUCUCUUCGUCAACGUGGAUCUUCUUCUUCAUCGUCGUCGUCAUCGUCUUUCACGGAAGAACAACGGGCGAUCGUGAGGGAGAUAAAAUCGAAGAAGGAUUACUAUGAGAUUCUUGGAUUAGGGAACACAUGUUCAGUAGAAGAUUUGAGAAAAGCGUAUCGGAAACUCUCUUUAAAAGUUCAUCCCGAUAAGAACAAAGCUCCUGGUUCUGAAGAAGCUUUCAAAUCAGUCUCUAAGGCGUUUCAAUGCUUAAGCAACGAAGACACUAGGCGUAAGUAUGACGUCAGUGGUUCAGAUGAGCCUUCUUAUCAACCAACACGCCGAGCUGCUGCUAGAAGAAACAACGGCUUCUACUACGAUGAUGAGUUUGAUGCUGAUGAGAUUUUCAGAAGCUUCUUUGGUGGUGGUGGUGGAAUGAAUCAUGCUACUACUACUCAGUUCAGAUCAUUUAAUUUUGGUGGAGGAACGACUAGAGGAGCUAACCAAGGUUCUGAUACUGGAUUCAAUCCUCGUGUACUUCUUCAGUUGCUUCCUGUUGUGUUCAUACUGUUACUCAACUUUUUGCCUUCUUCUCAACCAAUUUACUCGCUCUCUCCGUCGUAUAAUUACGAGCACAAGUUCACUACUCAUAGGGGGGUUAAUUACUUUGUUGGAUCAGCCAAGUUUGAGCAGGAGUAUCCGAUAAAUAGUUACGAGAGACAGAGGGUUGAGGAGCAGGUUGAUAGAGAUUACUUGUCUAUACUCGGUCAGAAUUGUCGGCUUGAGCUUCAGAGACAACAAUGGGGUUUUGUACGUGAAACGCCACACUGCGAUAUGAUGAGGAGGUUUGAUUCAGCUGCUGCAUAAACCAUCCUGGCCAGAGGGAAGCACCAAGUUAGUAUACUCAAAACUCCAAGAGACUUGGUUGGAUUGUUCUGAGACAUAGAUAUGCUACUUGCUAACUUCUGAGCAUUUCCUUCAGAGAGUUUGAUCUCAUAUACAUUGAUUACUGUGCUCCUUGAGAUGUUUUAGUAUGAAACAUAUUGUGUGUGAUUAUAUCUUAUUUCUGAAUAAUACUUAUCUUUUGCUUUGAAUUUUUCCAUGAGUAGUGUAACAAAAGUUAAAUGCUAUUACAUUCAGAA